UGGCCAAGGCACAAGUGGUGCCCAAGCCGACCAUCAAUCUCCCCGAGGCGCAACGAUUUGUUGGCGUGAACUAUAGCACGUGGCGGCUUAAGUUCAUUCGGCGCGCUAAGGAGGUUGGAUUGUGGAAGUACUACGACCAAGCUACCGAAUCAACGCCGCACAACUCGGGUGGGAUCACAUGGACUCGCUCUACAUGGGCAAGACCGAGGCGAACAUGGCGAACUCCGAACUUCAAGGGGAGGAGUAUGCAACAUGGCGGCGGAACGAGUGGAGAAGGUCAACGCGGACGGGGAACCUUCCCCGGCACUUGCAACCAUUGCAACAAGGUGUUCAAAGCAAGGCGUGGUUCAUGGAUAGCGGAUGCACGCAACACAUGACCAACCGGGCGACGUGGCUACAAAACUUCCGCACGUCUACCGUGCCUCACCUCUCCCUCAACCUCAUAAGUCAAACCCAACUCGAUGGGAGUGGGUGCAAGACCUUCAGCAACAAUGGGAAGCUUUGGGUGUUUGUACCCAAGUGGAAGGUGCUUGCCGAGGGAGAACGCAAGCAAGGUUUGUAUGAGAUGCGGGUGAUGGAAAAACCAAUACCGGAAGCUAAGGUUACGUACCUUGACGAACCCGAGGAAGGGAAGAAAGCAAGGGAGGAGCUUCUUUCAAAGAUGGAAGAAGCAUAUGGGCAUGAGUGGCAGCAACAAACACUCAUGGUAGCGGCAAAACCGAAGUCGGUCGACCUCAACACCAUGCAUCGAAGGAUGGCGCAUGCAAGCUCUUCUCGGAUCAAGGAACUCUUCAAGAAGAAGAUGGUCACGGGAGUGGAGCUAGUUGAAGGCAAUGGCGUGGAGGUGACGACGUGCACUUCAUGUGUGGGAAGAACAAGAAGGUCCCUUACCCAAUGCAUGGUGCUAAGUUGGAGCCAUAUGAGGCGAUGGAGAUUGUCGCGGCGGAUGUGUGUGGACCCAUGAAGGUUCCAUCUCGGCACGGGAGCAAGUACUUCGUAACCUUCACCGACAUAGGCACGAGGAACACGUGGGUCUCGGAGAUCAAGGACAAGACCCAAGUCCUUGAGUGCUUCAAGGAAUGGCUAGCGGAAGCGGAGCGGCAAAGUGGCAAGCUUCUCAAGGUCCUUCGAACCGACAACGGCGGAGAGUUCGUCAACAAGGCAUUCGAUGCCUUCCUUCGUGAAAAAGGGAUCCGACGCCAACUCACCAUUCCCUACACACCCCAACA